AAGAAAACAUUGAGCAAGAACUGGAAAAAAAAAAAAAGAGAGAAGCUAAGGUGAAAGAAGAAGAAGCAUAUCAUUAGCAUUAGCCAAAAUGACAACAACUUUCCCCAUGAAUGCUGGUGAUGGUCCUUACAGCUUCUCCAAAAACUCCCAAUUGGCGAGAGAAGUGUUAGAUGGUUCAAAGGAGAUGAUAAGAGAUGCAAUUAUCGAAAAGCUUGACAUCAAAAGCCUAUUUUUAUCUUCUUCAAACACAUUCCAUAUUGCAGAGUUGGGAUGUUCGGUUGGACCAAACACUUUCAUUGCAAUGCAACAUGUGAUAGACGCUCUAAAGGACAAGUACUUAUACCAAGUCACAAAUUCCAUUAAUAAUAUUCCUGAAUUCCAAAUCUUUUUCAAUGAUCAUAUCACCAAUGAUUUCAACACCCUCUUUCGAUCACUACCUGUCGAUCGAUCAUUCUAUGCAUUCGGAGUUCCAGGAACUUUCCAUGGUAGAUUAUUUCCAUCGCAAUCGAUACAUUUUGCACAUUCUUCUUGUUCUGUACAUUGGUUAUCUAAGUGUCCAGAAGAGUUGUUAGACGAAAAAUCCCCAGCAUGGAAUAAGGGAUUGAUUCACUAUAUUGGUGCCUCAAAUAUUGAGGUAGUGAAUGCUUAUGUUGCUCAAUUUGAAAAGGACAUGGAAAUGUUCUUAAAUGCAAGAGCUGAGGAGAUUGUUCCUGGAGGUUUGAUGGUGCUUGUUUCACCAUUUUCAAGUUAUAUACGUCUCCUGAAAUUUUUCGGUUCUAGUCUUAUGGAUUUGGUGAAUGAGGGAAAAUUGGAUGAAUCUCUAGUUCACUCAUUCAAUUUGCCAAUGUAUUUUUUCUCUUCUGAAGAUAUGACUAAAGUGGUGGAGAGAAAUGGUUGUUUUAGCAUUGAGAGAAUGGAGUUGACAUAUCCCAAAUCAAGGCUUGUGGAUGAGGCUGAUGCAAAGACUUUAAUGAUAAACCUAAGGGCUGUUGUAGAAGGACUUUUCAUCAAUCACUUUGGAAGUAAAAUUGCAGAAGAAGCUUGUGCAAGGACUAUUCUCAAAAGUGAAGAAAUUUCAGAAUGGAUGAAAGCUAAUUACGAGAAAUCAUGCCAAUUAUUUGUCGCUUUGAAGCGUAAAUGAAUUAUGUGGAGGAAUCUAUCUAUAUAUAUCUAUCAUAUGUUUUAUAAUUUAGGCUUAUAUAGAGAUGAUAUCGCACAUCUCGUUAGCCAAGUUUGCUAAUUAUCUUUGUUGUAAUGUUUUUGGUUUGUUUUCCUUAUUUCUUUCACUUUAUGUGCUCUAAAAGAAAAUUGAAAAGUAUCUUUUUCUUUCUUUUUUUAAGCAAA